CGCCCCAAUGGCGAUCUCCGUGUCCAGGUUUGCCGCCCUCACUUUCCUCGCCGUGGCCUCCGCCUGCCUUGUAAAGUUCGGCCAAUUACCAGUGGCGGCGUGCAUUCCCCUCGUCUUCGUCCUCCCGUUCUUUUUCGUGACUUAUGGCGGCGGUGGCGAUGGUAAAACUCCGCCUGGCCCCGUCGCUUUGCCCGUCUUCGGCAACUGGCUUCAGGUGGGGAACGACCUCAACCACCGGAAUCUGGUGGGGAUGGCUAAGAAGUACGGAGAUGUGUUCCUGCUGCGGCUGGGCGUGCGGAACCUGGCGGUGGUCUCCGACCCCAAGCUCGCCGCCGAGGUGCUCCACACGCAGGGCGUGGAGUUCGGCUCGCGGCCGCGCAACCUGGUGUGGGACAUCUUCACCGACAGCGGCAAGGAUAUGGUGUUCACCGAGUAUGGCGACCACUGGCGCAAGAUGCGGCGGAUCAUGACCAUGCCCUUCUUCACUAAUAAGGUGGUGGCGCAGUAUCGGGAGAUGUGGCAGGAGGAGAUGAACGCGGUGGUGGAGAGCCUGCGGGCGGCGCCGGCGGAGGGCGUAGUGGUGCGCCACCGCCUCCAGCUCAUGCUCUACAACAUCAUGUACAGGAUGAUGUUUGACGUGCGGUUCGAGUCGGCGGAGGACCCUCUGUUCCAGCAGGCCACGCGGUUCAACUCGGAGCGGAGCCGCCUCGCGCAGAGCUUCGAUUACAACUACGGCGACUUCAUCCCCAUCCUGAGGCCCUUCUUGAAGGGCUACUUGGAGAAAUGUAGGGACCUGCAGAGCCGUCGGCUCGCCUUCUUCAACGAUAACUAUGUCGAGAAAAGAAGGAAGGUGAUGUCCGCCAGACAGGGAAACAACGACCGGCUGAGGUGCGCCAUGGACUACAUCCUCGAAGCAGAGAUGAACGGAGAGAUCAGCUCCGACAACGUCAUCUACAUCGUCGAGAACAUUAACGUUGCAGCCAUAGAGACGACGUUGUGGGGAAUGGAGUGGGCACUGGCGGAGCUGGUGAACCACCCGAGUUGUCAGAAUCGGCUUCGAGAGGAGCUUCAGAGAGUUCUGGGCGAGGAGCCGGUGACGGAGACAAGCCUACCUCGGCUGCCGUACCUGCAGGCGGUGGUGAAGGAGACGCUCCGACUGCACUCGCCGAUCCCGCUGUUGGUCCCCCACAUGAACCUCGACGCGGCGAAGCUCGGUGGGUACGAAAUCCCCAAGCGGACGAAGGUCAUCGUGAACGCGUGGUGGCUGGGGAACAACCCGGAGUGGUGGGUGCGGCCGGAGGAGUUCAGGCCGGAGAGGUUCCUGGAGGAGGAGGGGGAGGUGGAGGCGGUAGUAGGCGGCGGGAAGGUGGACUUUCGGUUCCUUCCGUUCGGGGUGGGCCGGCGGAGCUGCCCCGGGAUCAUCCUGGCGAUGCCGCUGCUAGGGCUCGUCGUGGGAAAGCUGGUGAAGGAGUUCGAGAUGGUGCCGCCUCCGGGGACGGAGAAGAUCGACGUGACGGAGAAGGGAGGGCAGUUCAGCUUGCAGAUCGCGAAGCACGCCACCAUAGUCUUCUGCCCAGUUCUUGCGGCGUGAAAGCGGACAUGGAUCGCCCUCUGUUUAAUGAAAAUUUGGGGAUUGUUUUUCGUUAAUAACAUAAUUCUUGGGAGGGGCAAAUAAGUCAUAUAUUAAAAAAUAAGAGCAUUUAAAUGUGUUUUGUUUGUUUUUGUUUUCAAAUGUAAUUUUGGCAAUUUAUCAAAAGGGUUCA